AUGGGUGCUGCCUUCUCAAAGCGUGAAGAGACGACUACGAUGUCGCGCUCAGGGCUGUCAGCAGGAGACUCCGGAGACGCUGCCGAAGUCGACAACCUGGGCAAUGACUGGAUAUUGGUGGACACCCCCCUGGAUGCGCUCCAGCAGCAAGAUGGCUCUCCUCUCUACGAGUGGCGCAGCGCCACACCCGACACGCGCCCAGCGUGCGGGCACUUGUGCCAGGCUUGUGGACGUCUCCAAUGUGGGCGCCGCAAGUCGACGCAUGAGAACCACUACUGUACCGCCUGUAUCAUCCACUGGUACCGGGAGAAGUACGACGCGGAGAGACCCUGA